CUUACCACGCAUUAGGCGAGCGGAACGGCUCUCAGUACCUCGUCUGGUCGCGUUGUGUGUGGUUCAGCCAAAGAACUGCUUUCAGAAGUUGAGUUUUUAAAUUAUUUAACUAACGUCAUGGCGGAAGCUGUUGUAUCCAAUGUACGCUAUCUUGCAAACGCGCUUGAAUCUCCUACGGUGGAGUGUAGUGAACGAUCACCUUCCGUCAAAGAUAUCGCGGAUUAUUUUACGUUUGAUGUACGGAAGGUGAAGCAUGUCAUGAAGAGUCGAAAGGAAGGGAAAUGGAGAAGAUUGAGUUACGACUUUGACGAUCAGAGUGCACGGAACAGUAUGAAGAAUCGACUGACCCGCUUGUUGAGUGUGGGCUCUGGACACGUUACAAAUGAGGAGACGUGGCUGCUGUCACGGCGGAGGAGCCGGCUCCACCCCUCUCAGCCACAGGUGAUGAAGAGUGGUAUGAAGGACGCGGUGGUGGAGGCUGGCGUCCGCCUGCGCGGAGCUCUUCGUCAGGCCGGCAACUGGCUGGUCGACGGGCUGAGAGGCUAUGUAGAGUUCGGCAAUCCCAGCAUCAACCCGGGAAUGACCGGCUUCCGUGAGGCGGAGAACCUCUACUACCCUUACUGUGCUACGCUUCCUUACUGAGCUACACUCCCUUACCAAGUCCCAGCGCCACUCUUCUCGGCCGCUACUGACCGCCUCUUUUGCGUGUCGUCAUACUGUGAUACGUUUUGCCUUAAAGUUUUUAUUGCCUAUUUUUGCAGUAUAAAUAUAAAUAUUUUAAUGAUA